AUGGCAGCCGUGAUGGACCAAGAUCCCGAGAAAACAGUCUACUACAACUCCGAGUCGGACCGCACCGAAGCCGACCACCCUCCCCUCAAAAUGUCCGACGGCCUCGAGACGCCGACCGAAAAGCCGGCUGACGGAGCCUUCGAGUCUCAUGCCCCAGCGUCUUCAUUGCAGCUGGCAGCACCACCAGCUCAGACGACAACAGAUGGCACACCCCCGGCAGCACCGCCCUCUAACGACAUCCCAGAUGGCGGCCUAACCGCAUGGCUGCAAGUCCUCGGCUCCACGGCCAUCCUUGUCAACACUUGGGGCGUGAUCAACACGUUCGGCGUCUUCCAGGCCUACUAUGAGUCCGAACUGCUGCGGGAUCAUUCGUCGUCCGACAUCUCCUGGAUCGGGUCAACACAAGCCGGGCUGCUGUUCCUCGUCGGUGUUGUAGCCGGUCCGCUGUAUGAUGCCGGCCACUUCCGCCAUCUGUUGUUCGUGGGCUUGUUCUUGAUCGUGUUCGGUCAGUUCAUGACCUCGUUGUGCACGCAGUUCUGGCAGGUCAUGCUGGCGCAGGGCAUCACGAUGGGGGUUGGAAUGGGGUUGACGUUUCUGCCGUCGGCGGCCAUUCUGGGACAGUACUUCUCACGACACCGAGCGCUGGCCUUGGGCCUGUCGAGCGUGGGAUCGCCCGUGGCGGGCGUGAUUUUCCCUAUCAUGUUCAGCCGGCUGCAACCGCAAGUUGGGUUUGGGUGGGCGACGCGAGCGAUUGCCUUCAUCCUGCUCGCUGUGUCGGCGGUGCCCAUCGCGUUCAUGCGCACACGCGUACCGCCACGGGCGAAGCGCUCGUUUAUCGACACGAGUGCGUUAACCGACGCGCCAUACGUACUCUUCAUCGCGGGUGGCGCGCUCGCUUUCCUGACGCUAUAUGUGACGUUUUUCUACAUUUCGCUCUUCGCCAUCUCGCACGGCGUCGCCAGCGAAAGCUUUGCCCCGUACCUGGUCACACUGCUCAACGCCGGAUCCGUCUUUGGCCGCAUCAUUCCCAACGCCUUGGCAGACCGGUACGGGUCGCUGAAUCUGCUCAUCAUCUGCAUCGUCGCGAGCGCCGUCCUGGUAUUUGGCUGGCUGGGCAUCGAUAACCUCGGCGGAGCGGUGGUAUACACGCUGCUCUACGGCGCUUUUUCCGGCGGCGUUGUGAGCCUCACGCCCAGUGUGAUUGUCGGUCUGUCGCCGGACAUGAGCCGGGUCGGGGCUCGGAUGGGCAUGGGGUUCCUGGUCAUGGGCGUCUCAAUCCUCGUAGGGACGCCGAUUGCAGGAGCUAUUUUGGGCGACAAGGAAAACCCGCGAUGGUUAGGUACAAUCUUGUAUGCCGCGUUUGGUCUACUGGUCGCGGCGGCGCUCGACAUACUGUCAAGAUUCCUCCUCUACAGACAAAAAAAGGCGUGGAAGGCGUAA